UGGGCGGUGACGGGGCCCGGCACCGUGCGGGGACUGCUGGGGGGGUCCCUCUCGGUGAACUGCACGUACCAGCCCGGCCGGGAGAUGAAGCCGAAGUUCUGGUGCAGACCGGGAACCGUUCAUACCUGUGGCACCGACAUCGUCAUCACCUCGAAGCUGCAGCCCGUGGUGCGGCGGGGGCGCCGGCGGGUGUUCACGGUGACUGUGAAGGACCUGAAAAAGGGGGACGCGGGCACCUACAGCUGUGGGGUGCGAACGGAGGUGCUCCGGUAUGAUGAAAGUGAUGUCGUGGAGGUGAUCGUGUCCCCAGGUCAGUACUUUUUGGCUGUGGCUGAGCAUAUCCUCAUUCCAGUCAUCAUAGUGGUUCUUCUGUUGCUUGCAGUUGCUGCCAGUGUUUUGGUAAUACUGUCCAAAAAGAGGAGGAAGGCCAUGUCUGGAGCAGCCUUAGAGAUGGGCAGGACUCACAGAACAUCAUAUACAGGAGCAGCUGACUUGACCUACGUGGAUAUUAACCACCACGUGGGCACAGCCGAGAGCCAGCUGUACAGCAACACCGAGGCUUUCCGCCGUGUGGCAAACCCCACGACCGAGUACACGGAGGUCAAGCACAGAUCUAAG